CCUGCGCGUGCGCCGCGGAGGCCGAGGGUCUCCGCCGGGGAAGAUGGGGAAAGUGAGGGGCCUGCGGGCCCGCGUGCACCAGGCUGCCGUGAGGCCCCGUGGGGAGGCCGCGCCCGGCCCUGCGCUCCCUGCCCAGGAGGCAGCCCCUCCGCAGGCCCCGGCUGCCGGAGCCGGGGGGAAGGACUGGGCUUUCGUCAACACUGACAUCUUUGCCAGGACCAAGAUAGACCCCAGCGCCUUGGUGCAGAGCCUGGAGCUGGACACGAGGAGCGUCACUUCCAUCAGGAGAGGUGUGGAGGCCAAGGCUAUUCUGCCCAAGAAGGAGAAGUUGAAGCUGAGACGGGAGCGAUGGCUGCAGAAAAUCGAAGCCAUCAAGCUGGCUGAGCAGAAGCGCAGAGAGGCACAGAGGCGGAGGGCGACGGCCGUGGUGGGGGACCUGCAGCCCCUGAGGGACGCCCUGCCUGAGCUGCUGGGGCUCGAGGCCGGCAGCCGGCGCCAGGCCCACAGCAGGGCAGGCAGCAAGCCCAGGCCAGCCGAGCUCAGCAGGAUGAGUGCAGCCCAGAGACGCCAGCUCCUUGAGGAAGAAAGGACCCGGUUUCGGGAGCUGCUGGCCAGUCCGGCCUACAGAGCCGGCCCCCUGCUGGCCAUCGGGCAGCGGCUGGCGCACCAGAUGCAGCUGGAAGGAGGCAGCGAGCUGUGAAGGACAGGCCGCGACUCCUCAGGACGCACCUGCGGGCAGAAGUGCCCAGGGAGCACGGCCCCUCAAGAACCGUGGCCCUGGCGGUUGCCCCCCGGGUCUUUCUGGCGUGGUGGGAGGGCACGGAGAUGGAUGAGGACCAAUA